GCAUGUGCACCGAGUGCACUCAAUAACCGCCUCUCCCCGGAUCUUUUAUGUAAUCGCCUCGCCCUCCCGACUCUUCCGCCGUCCGCCAGUAUCGUCUCCGCCUGCGCCCGGUUUCUCCCUCCUUGGCUUUCCUGUUUGCUUCUAGGCAGGGAGAUUGGAGGAGGAUACUCUGACCAAAAUAUUCUCUUUUGUCUCCUCUGCAGACAGAGAAUUGAUUAUUGCAGGAAAUCCCCGAAAUGGAGCAAAAUGAAACUGGAUGCCAAGCUCCUCAAGCCCCCAUCCUCUGUGUCAACAACUGUGGAUUCUUCGGAACUGCUGCCACCAUGAACAUGUGCUCCAAGUGCUACAAGGACCAUGUUCUGAAGCAAGAACAGGCUGAGCUUGCUGCUUCAUCCAUUCAAAAGAUCGUCAACGGGAGCUCGGGUGCUGGUGAAAAAGAAAUCAACACUACUGCAAUUACUGGAGGACAAACCACCUUGCCAGAAACAAGCGGAGCAACCCCACAAACAUCUGCAAUCAAUAAAAACGACCAAGUCAAAGAAGGUCCAAAAAGGUGCGGCUCCUGCAACAAGCGCGUCGGCUUGACAGGCUUCAACUGCCGUUGUGGGGGAGUUUUCUGUUCCAUCCACCGUUACUCCGACAAACACGAAUGCCAAUUUGACUACCGUUCGGCAGGCCAGGAAGCCAUCGCCAAGGCCAACCCAAUCGUGAAGGCUGAAAAACUCGACAAGAUAUAGAACUGCCAUCUUGGAUUAAAUGUGUGUUUUUGUCUUCCCUCUGCCGACUCGGAUUUGUGGUAUGACUCCAAAAGGUGUCCUUAGGCUGCUGCGAAACCUCGAAUAUUAUGUUAAAUUAGGGACACAUCUCUCCAACCUUGUGAUCUCUAUUGUUCCAUCUUUGGUGCUUGUUUUGAAUUCUCUAAGUGGUUCUGAAACUUGGCAUGCGAUAGAGGGCAAAGAUUAAACCGUUUGACUUGUCUGAAAAAUCUGAUAUGAUCUUUGUUUUUC